AGAUGUUCCAGUUCAUCCGGAAACAGAUUCAUAAUCACCUCGUGGAGCGGAAAAUUAGGAAAACACGUCUUGUUACGAAGGACGGCCACUGCAACAUUAAAUUUGGGACUGCUGAAUAUCACAACCAUUUUGCUUUCCUUCUGGACUUCUGGACUACAUUUGUUGAGAUUCGCUGGUGUUUUGUAAUCAUUUUAUUUGCAGCUGCCUUCACGGGAAGCUGGUUCAUUUUUGGUUUGUUCUGGUAUUUGCUUGCGAAAAGUAAUGGAGACUUGGAUGUUCUCCAGAACUCGUCUGAAUCUCACCAGAUGAAAUGUAUAGAGAACAUUAACAGCCUCACGACCGCCUUCUUGUACUCUUUAGAGACCCAGACGACUAUUGGCUAUGGCGGUCGGGCUCUCACGGGUCACUGCCCGGGCACGGUCGCCCUGUUGAUCAUCCAGUCCCUCAUGGGCGCCAUCAUAAACUGCUUUAUGUGUGGACUCAUUUUGGCAAAGAUCUCUCUCCCGAAGAGAAGAGCAAAGACGGUAACCUUCAGCGAAACAGCAGUCAUUUGUCUUUGGAAGGGGAAUCUGUGCCUCCAGAUACGAGUGGCCAACCUACGAAAAACUCUUCUUAUUGGCAGCCACAUUUAUGGAAAGCUUCUGCAGACCACCAUCAGUCCAGAGGGCGAGACCAUCAUACUGGAUCAGGUGAAUAUUGACUUUUUGGUGGAUGCUGGGAAGGACAAUCUGUUCUUUGUUUGCCCGCUUACUCUGUACCACGUGAUCGACAAAUCCAGCCCGUUUUCCGAGAUGGCUACGGACACUCUUCAGCAGCAGGACUUUGAGUUAGUGGUCUUCCUGGAGGGUACGGCUGAAUCCACCAGCUUGUCCUGUCAAGUCCGAACGUCCUACCUUCCGCGUGAGAUCAAGUGGGGUUACAGCUUCCUGCCUGUCAUCUCUCGCACCAAGGAUGGGAAAUACCGUGUCGACCUGUCCAAUUUUUCCAAAACUGAACCAGCUGUGACUCCGCACUGCGCUUGCUGUUUUCACAAGGAACAUAACAAGGAGCUUAUUCUCCAAAGACAUGGACGUGAAGGCAUCGAUAACCUGGGAUUUGAUGUUAUUGACCUUCAAGACUCUGUUGAUGUAACUGAGAAGGGUGAUUAAGGGU